AUGGUGCACUUCACAGGGGGUCAUGUCUAUGCUUCCAUACACAUGCCUGCUGCCAGCUGUGAAUUCCAGUGCGACCAAUCUUCAAGUCUGACUUGCAAGUCAUGUUGCAAAAUUUUGCCAAAAUUUCAAAGGGUCAUGACAUUGUUUGCAAUUGUAAAUAGCAGUGCUUGCUGGCCAGCAACCAUCCUGGUUUCCACUGGGUUCAGGCUUGUUUCCACUCUUAUAAAGGGCAAUCUUGGAAAUGAUGGUGACUGUGUAUAUGUGAUGUGGGGAGGCAGCAAGGUGGAACCUAAAUCUGCUGCCAUAAAUCAGUGCACAGCACACUACAGUAUACAUUAUGGCCUUCACUGUGAUUUGUUGUUCUCUGAUUUUGUGCGAGGAGAGAUGCGCAGAUCUUUCUAUUAUGAGCACGUGCGUGAUGCUGCUCAUAAUAAUUGA